UAAAACUGGUCGAUCGAUUCGAUCACCGGAGAUAGCUACACCAUGAGCCUCCUCACUGCCAUGUUCUUGUCCCUUGCCAUCACCACCACCACCACCACGGUACUGUUGCUACUGACACCGGCAGCGGCCACGGCGUUGCAAGUGAUGAUGACGCAACUCCGGCGGCCGUCCGGCUCCGGCGGCUGCUUCCCAGGCGAGAUGGACGCGCUGUUGGAGUUCAAGGAAGGCAUCGCCGACGACACGACAGGCCUCCUCGCGUCAUGGCGGCCGGAAGAUGGCCAAGACUGCUGCCGGUGGACAGGCGUCCGUUGCAGCGACCGCACGGGGCAUAUCGUCAAGCUUAACCUUGGCAGCAGGGAAAGCAUCAACCCGUUUGCAAUGAGAUUGUUCGGCGAGAUAAGCCACUCUCUGCUUUCUCUUCACCAUCUUCAGCACCUCGAUCUCAGCCACAACUCACUUGAAGGGCCAACCGGCGAUAUGCCGGAGUUUCUGGGCUCUCUGAAAAGCUUGAGAUAUCUUAAUCUCUCUGGGAUCCCUUUCCAUGGUCUGGUGCCUCCUCACCUCGGAGUGUUGUUAUCACAAUGAACACCACCGGCCAAACAGCGGCCAAACCGGGGAUGAGACAUGCACAAGCACCAGUUGCUGUCGGUCGAGACUCGUAUCAGUCUGAAGCAACCCCCCUCCCAGGCGCCAACGAGCCGGAACACCCAGUCGGAACGUACCUGAAGUAUGGGGGGCGACUAGCAGGAGUUCACCAAAGCAUGCUGCUGAGUUGAUUGGCAAAUUUGACAAAGAGAAGUCUGAUCUGG